AUGGCGAGCGGCAGUACGAGCUCCAACGUCGUCGGCGUGCACUACCGCGUCGGCAAGAAGAUCGGCGAGGGCAGCUUCGGCGUCAUCUUCGAGGGCACCAACCUGCUCAACCAGCAGCAGGUCGCCAUCAAGUUUGAGCCGCGAAAGAGCGAUGCUCCUCAAUUGCGCGAUGAGUACCGCACAUACAAGAUCCUCGUGGGCUGCCCCGGGAUUCCUAAUGUCUAUUAUUUCGGCCAAGAAGGCCUCCACAACAUUCUCGUCAUCGACCUUCUCGGCCCCAGCUUGGAGGACCUGUUCGACCACUGCAACAGGAAGUUCUCCAUCAAGACUGUUGUCAUGGUAGCCAAGCAGAUGCUGUCACGAGUUCAGACCAUCCACGAGAAGAACCUCAUCUACCGCGACAUCAAACCCGACAACUUCCUCAUCGGCCGCCCGGGCUCCAAGAGCGCCAAUGUCAUCCAUGUCGUCGACUUCGGUAUGGCGAAGCAGUACCGUGACCCCAAGACAAAGCAGCACAUCCCGUACAGGGAACGCAAGUCGCUUUCUGGUACCGCUCGUUACAUGAGUAUCAACACCCAUCUUGGGCGCGAGCAAUCCCGUCGCGACGAUCUCGAGGCUCUCGGUCACGUUUUCAUGUACUUCCUGCGAGGUGGACUACCAUGGCAAGGUCUCAAGGCUGCCACCAACAAGCAGAAGUACGAGAAGAUUGGCGAGAAGAAGCAGACAACCCCCAUCAAGGACUUGUGCGAUGGCUUCCCUGAGGAAUUCAACAAGUACCUCAGCUACGUCCGUAACCUCGGCUUUGAGGACACACCCGACUACGACUACCUACGCGAGCUGUUCACUCAGGCUCUCAAGAGCACUGGAGAGGUCGAGGACGGCGAGUACGACUGGAUGAAGUUGAACAACGGCAAGGGCUGGGAGGUCCUCAAGUCGCACCCGGCGGCUGUGCAGGCGAUGCACCACUCCAACGCCAACCCCAACUCGUCCAUGGCUGUGAACAUGCAAGGCCAGCAACACAGGCAACAAAAGACACACUUGCCUAUUGACCAUCACCGUCUCAACGAGCCUCUGCCGAAGCCCGGAGCGACCCGCGCUCAACCCGGACGAAGCCCACGGGAGAACAUGAACCGUGAUUCGCAGGUGAAGCGGAAGAGCAUGGGCGAGCUUGCACCACCUGAGGGUGCCUCGACGCAGGCCCAGUUCCAACACAGCCAGCCCAACCUGGCUCAGAACAACCGCGUUGCUCCUGCUAGCAGUCCGAACCCGCAACAAUCGAGGCAACAGUCAGCCGAAAAGCCCAGCUUCAUGCAAAAAUUGGCGAAUGCCCUUUGCUGCGGCGCCAGCAAGUAG